AAGUGAACGCAAAACGGCCUUGUGGUAGAGGAUUACUGAGGAAUGUCAAACUUCCUCCACACACAAAGAUUUCACUCAAACAACGCAAGGCAAAUCAUAUUACCGUUGUGUGUAAUAAAGAAUAUUACUUUAGCAAAGGAGAAAAUACAAGGCAUUUAUCUUGUAGGAUUUUAAGGACGUUACAAAAUAAUCAAAUUCCUCAUUGCAAAGGUACGUGGAUAUUCUUCGGAUCAAAUGCUGACAGUCUAGAAAAAAUAUGCCAAAUAUUGACUGUUUUUCAGUAUGGAUUCCAAGGUUGCAUGAAAGUCUUUAAGACUCUCUAGUGUUGAAAUUUUUAGUCUACAUUUAAUAAAUCACGCACUGAAUUCUUUGUGACCAAAUUACGGGCCCCCGCCGUUAUGGACCGUUACGGGCCCCCGCCGUUAUGGACCUUGCUCCCUUUGCCAGUGUGCACGUGCUUCACCGUUGGUGAAGUGUGGCCGCGUUGACACCAAUUUCCGCCCCGCUUUCUUUAUUUGUUCUUCAAUAGGUCGAUUGAAAUUUACAAUUUGCUUUAAAAUACAAAGAUUUGUUGUUGACUACAUCAUGAUCAAUUAAAUUACAAUAUAGUUAUUAAUUAAUUAAUCUAUAUCAGUUGGCCCUUGCCUAUUUGGUGAGUAUUCGUAAUAAAUGGGUGGGCGGGAUUUUUCUUGGGGUCUACUCACCGGCAGUUGAAAACAGUAUGAACUGAGAUGUUGUGCAGUCUUUUGCUGAUAGCUAUAGAAGGCUGGCUUCGCAGAAAAAUUGCCUUUAGUGUCGUUAACUUGGCAGAACUUAUUGGCAGAAGAUCUAUUUGAUAAGUUUGGCCGGAUAUCUGUUUUCCUUGCUUAUCUAAUCCCUUUGGGUUUUUUCCUAUAUUAGGAUAUAUACAGGGUGUAUCAAAAUAAACGCAAUUCAUUUUUUGUGCUUAAUAACUUUCGAAAUACUAUUUCUAGUUAAAUGCUUUUAGGCUUACUUCAAAGCCUGUUCUUUUCUCUUUCAAACAAACUAUUAUCCUUGUCUCCAAUGCUAGUAAUAAUUGCACAGGAAAAGAUUUAGUAAAACCUAUCAUUUUUAGUUGCUGUUUAAUUAUGCAAGUUUACUAUGUUAUUGUUUAGUCUGUUUAAAUGUUAGAAUUUUCUUCUUUAAACUUUAAUGCUGUCGUCACUACAUCUGGAAAACCACGUAAGAACAAAUUAAAAGUAUUUUAAAAGAGACCAGGUUGUUUGAAAAUCCGAAACGAAUGCUAAAAAUCGUCAAAACAUUCUGGUGUCUGAGCCAGAGUGUCAUCGAAUUGCGAUGUAAUGUAAACAGAAAUUAUAGCAAGUUGAUGUCAGCCAGCUUAGAUGGUCCAAGCCAAAAUUAUAUCGCAUUUGAAGUUUCAAACUGAGUUAAAAAUAGUGGAAGAAAAGCCGCGUAAUUAUACUUAUUGUUACAAUCCAUUUAACAAUUGUUUUAAUGAAAAAAUCAGUUAUUUUCAUGAGAACGAUUUGUUAUUCCAUCUCAAUUUUUUUAAUCUCCAAUCGCAAUAACGUAAAGUAUUAUUACCCGCGAACCAAUGAGUCAAAUUUAAGAAACAAACCACUGUUAGAAAGCUGAAUGGCUACGCUUUAAAAUGAAUGUAAACUUUAACGUUUUCGUCCAUUAUUUGUUUAGCAAUUUACAUUUCAGUUGAGGAUUGUGCUUUUUUUUAUACACCCUGUAUAUAUUAUACACUUAAUGUCUGCUCCCGAGGGAAAUAGUUAGUUUUGUUUUCCCGAGAGUCUCAAUGUUUCCCGAGACGAAGUCGAGGGAAACAUUGAGAUUCGAGUUAGAAAAUGUUGACUAGUUGAAAUUUAAGUCUUGUUUGGUGGUGGCAUAAAAAUUAGGCCAUGUCAUCAGGGUUUGAUUUUUGAUAUGCUGCCGGUCUGACUAUAAAUUUACCUCAGUCACAUGGGACAAGAGUGCUUCGAUGUUUGACUCUGCCAAACACCACAGGUUUAAAUUUCUCCUGGAGCAAUAAGUGAUGAGUACCAGAGAUAGGGUCAAAUUGAAAACAUUCUCCUGACAUGAAACUGUGGCGAAAUUGUAAUCAAUGUUAAGAAAGAGAGCGAUCUCGUUCCUAUAUACGUGUACACAGUUCGGAAGUUAACCAUGAGCUCUAUAGUGCUCUGCAAAGCUUACUAAGUAAUUAAGACACAACAGUCAAUUUAAUAUUGGCCGCUUUCAGGAUCGUUAUACAGCGUAGCAGAUAGUGAUCAACUGUAGAAAUGUUGUCGCCCAACAGAGCAAGAAUCCAUCGUGAAACCAAAUACAAGACUACUACAUAUAGCGAAAGAAUUAACGUUAUUCUCCCAUUCUGAUAACUGCAAGUUUACCACCAUCUACUUCACAGUCAAUAGCCGGUGCUUGGUGAAACCCGUCUGUUUUCCUUUUCGGUAACAGAAUGAAAUAUAUAAAGAAUUAUAUUCUGUUUGUGUUUAGAAAAACGCUGUCCAAAGCCAGACAUUCCAGAAAAUGGUCGAAUACUUGGUAGUAAAUUCUUUAUCGGCUCGACAGUGCAGUUUUCCUGUAACUCUGGAUUUACUUUGUAUGGGUCAAGGAAGAGAACUUGUCAAGAUGAUAAAACAUGGAAUGGAACUGUCGCUGUUUGUGAUAAUGGAAGUAAGUUUUUUAAGGUUACGUUUACACUUGUACUGGAUAGCUUUCCGUAGCGACGUGAAAAACACCUAUCCGUACCUGUUAGGCACGCUAUUUUCAGAGGAAUUAUUGCAACGGAGAGAUGUUGUUUCGCUCAGCUUCCGAAAGUUGUACAUUCCGUUCCGUAUCGGAUUGGUGCUUUUUCAUGCCGCUACGGAAAGCUAUCCGUUAUAUUGUGUAAACGUAGCCUAAAGGGUGAUCAUUGGGGUUAGGAAUAGUGGUAUUUUCAAAACAAUGAAAAGAAAUUGGAGAACAGUGAAAUUUGGGAACAGUGAGAAUUUAGAGAACAGUGAGAUUUGCAAAACAAUGAAAAGACAUAAGUAUGUUUGCAUGGCGAUAAAACAUAUAAUAGUUUUGUUUGUGGAAACACCACCCCCCCUCCUAUUAGCACUGAUGAAGAUCCGGGCUUACGGAUCGAAAGUUUUGCAGUAAUAAAUUUACGUGGUGUUUCCACAAACAAAACUAUUAAAUGAAAAGACAGUGGAACAUUCCAAUCCAGGCCUAGAAAAUAUAUUUCUCUUCCUGCCAGCAAAACUUCCUGUGUAAGUCAAAUAUAAAACAUCCUGCAUAUGCAGAUUUCAGAGAACGUAUGGUGCCGCACAUUGUGAUAAACUUCAACCUCGGCACAAGACAAUCUCGAUUUGCAAAACGCUUUUGUAAACAAUAAGUAAAUUAUGUAAAAUAGCAAAAAUUUCCUGCAAGGUAAGAUAUUUUGCUAAAUAUUUCCUGGUAGCAAUGCUGCUGGCGCUGCCGGACAUUUUCCAGCACUGUUCCGAUCACUGGAUCAUGACUGGAUGGCAUGGAGAACAAUGGAAUUUUCAAAACAAUGAAAAGACAAUGGAACAUUCUGAUCACUGGAUAAUGACUGGACGACAUGGAGAACAAUGGAAUUUUCAAAACAAUGAAAAGACAAUGGAACAUUCUGAUCACUGGAUCAUGACUGAUUCAAGGACUAUCAAGGAUUUUCAAGUUUUGUACGAACCCUGUGUUCUACCUGGUUCUACUAAGUGUUAACAAAUAACUCAUACUUUGUGAGAACUUUAAUUUAUCCCUUAUAAUCAAUAAAACUAUUGUUAGGUUAAUCGAUUAUGUAACAGACUGACUGAGCAUUCAUCGAUACAAUAAUGAAAUGUUUGAUUGGAAAACCCCAACCAAUGAAGUUUUAUAUUACUAGAUUACUCUGAAUGUGGUACUUCGUCAUUUAAACCAUUUCAUGCAAGAGCUCGAAUUGUUGGUGGAAAAAUAGCAAAUGAAGGAAGCUGGCCUUGGGCAGUCAGGAUAUUGAUUGGAGGUAGGUAUAUCGCCAUCUUUCUUUGUUUUUUUUGUUCAUCAACAGAUCACAUUUAAUUUCAAUUUAGAUAAGCACGCGUGUGGUGGAACAUUAAUCAAUCAAGAGUUUGUGUUAACUGCAGCUCAUUGUUUUGGAGUGGACAAAACUGAUCUACACGAGUAA